AUGGGCCCCAAGGGUGAGCCUGGCCCCAGGAGCUGCCAGGAUUGAGCAGCUGGUACCAUCUACCUACCUACCAUGUGCCUACCCAAGGAUGGGACCAUCCCUGUCUUUUGUCACAUGGACAGCACAGAGGAUGGCUGGCUGAUGUUCCAGAGGUGACAGGAUGGUUCCAUGGAUUUCUUCCACUCUUUGUCCUCCUACAAAUCAGGUUUUGGGAGCCAGUAUUCUGAUUUCUGGCUGGGGAAUGAGAGGUUGCACCAGCUUACUCUCCAGAGUAGUACCUGGGAGCUGUGGGUGGAGCUGGAGGACUUUAAAGGCAACUGCACUUUUGCUCACUGUGGGGCCUUCCGUCUCCUCAGGGAGGCAGAUCACUACCAGCUGGUUCUGGGCAAGUUCUCAGAGGGCACUGCAGGGGACUCCCUGAGCUUCCAUGGUGGGAGGCCCUUUACCACCUAUGAUGCCAGCCAGGAUACAAGUAGGAGCAACCGCGAGGUGACUAUCCAUGGUGCCUGGUGGUGCGGAUCCUGCUAUCAGUUCAACUACUGGAUGUCCAAAGCCACCGCCCACAACUAUGGUAUCAACUGGGCCUCAGGCCAAGGAAUAGGCCACCCUUACUGCAGGGUUCACAUGAUGCCUCCCCUAGGGCACCCGGAUCCUCAGGACCUUGUAAAUCGGAGCCUGGAUUUCGUCCUGGACACCAAAUUCCUGGUACGGGACCUUCGGCUGUACUCCGGAUCUCCGGAACUUAAGAUCCCGUAG